AUGUCAGAUAUCGGGGACUGGUUUAAAAACAUACCUGUCAUCACCCGGUACUGGUUUGCUGGGUCAAUCAUAGUUCCUCUCAUCGGAAAAUUAGGGCUUGUUAGCCCCUUGUACCUCGUUCUAUGGCCAGAGUAUUUCUUCCACAAAUUUCAGAUAUGGAGACCAGUAUCCUCAACGCUCUACUUCCCUGUUGGCCCUGGAACGGGAUUCCUCUACUUGGUCAACCUCUAUUUCAUGUACCAGUACUCUACCAGGCUGGAGACAGGUGCCUUUGAUGGGAGACCAGCGGAUUACAUAUUCAUGCUGCUGUUCAACUGGAUUUGCAUUGUUAUAACAGGACUGAUGAUGGACAUGCAGCUCUUGAUGAUUCCUCUGAUCAUGUCCGUGCUGUACGUCUGGGCCCAGCUGAACAGGGACAUGAUCGUCUCCUUCUGGUUCGGAACCAGAUUCAAGGCGCGUUAUCUCCCUUGGGUCAUUCUUGGGUUUAACUACAUCAUUGGAGGCUCGGUGGUCAACGAGCUGAUUGGAAACCUUGUUGGGCAUCUGUACUUCUUCUUGAUGUUUAAAUACCCCAUGGAUUUGGGCGGCAGGGUUUUCCUUUCCACCCCACAGUUUCUGUACCGCUUUUUCCCCAGCAGAAGAGGUGGAGUCUCUGGAUUUGGGGUCCCGCCCCCCAGCAGGAGACCGGCAGCCCAGGAGCAGGGAGGGGUCGGCGGGGGCCGCCAUAACUGGGGCCAGGGCUUCCGACUGGGGGACGACUGAGGUGCCGGGGAGGGGGCAGCAGUGGCGGCUUCUCCAUCGGCAAAGACUUUGAUUUUACUGUGCAGGUGGAAAAGGAGAAGGACGUGCUUAGGAUAUUAUUUUUCGUAGAUUGUACCCCACCCCACCUCCCCACCCCUCCCCCGGACAGGUGUAAGAUUUGUCUGCUGGCAGUGUGACACCUGCAGAUCAGCAUGUGAUUCUGGUUUGGUUAUGUCUGUACUCUUUAAUGAUGACAUAUCGUAUUUCCCUGUAAUUAAAGAGGUCCCUCAUGUGUAGCAUCAAGAGCUCAAUAACAGCAUUCAGGCGGUAAGAACGCUGCGUAUAAACUCUCCUUCGACCGCAAGAAGGACACAAGCUUCCUUGCCCGCCUGAGAACUCACUGUGUGAGGGGGCAACGAGACCAGCAAUUUGUGGCUUAAAGAAAGAUGUUUUUUCUAAAGGCUUUCUUAACGCUGAAAUGUUUUUCUGCCAUUAGUGAGCCGUCGUUUUGAGGUAGCAAAACACUGUCCGCUGUCCAAAACAUAAUGGGGGGGUUGCCUUUUUUUUUUUUUUAAUAAAUGUUUAUUUGUAUUUUUAUGCUGAUUUGUGAUCUCAAAAAAUCAGUUGCUUUUUGAGGCAGAAACAGCGCUGCGUUGGGGCUUCUGCAGCUCGACGGCGGGCGUGGCUCCAGCCGGUCGAGAGGAGCGUAGCGUUGGGAUCUCUGUAAAACCGUGCCAUAUCGUACCCAGCCACUCUCCUUGCGCUCUGCGACGGGGAAGCUUAAUGAAAAUGUAACGGAAAUGCAUCGCGAAGGACAGGGGGGGCAUGUGCUCUGUAGAUUUAAAAAUAGCACUGAAUUCUGGGAAAUAGUACCAGUUCAGGAAGAUAAACGAGCCGACGUAUGGUGCCCGAAUACCGUUUCCAAGGGGAAGGCAUCUCAGAAUGUUGCGGUUGGCUGAUUCAUCUGGCACGGGAUUCAUAGCUAGUCCAUAACGGAGGCUAGUCUGUAUGUACAAAAUUCACUGUAUAAAAAAAGGUAUGUUUCCCUGUCAUGUCUUUAGACUGAAAAUGGGUUGUGUACAUUACUGGCAGGCUUUGUUCACAAAGGAAAUUUUUCAGCCUAGACACUUGUAAAAAUAAAAGGUUAAACAAAUAUGCAUACUUUUAAGAUUGACACCUAUACAUACAUGCAUAUAUUUCAUCUCUUGAUUUAUCCUAUUUUAAUGAGAACUGAUAAAUGAUUGGCCAUUGGUGAAUGAACCAUUAGCCAAUUGGUACUUUUGCUGAUUGUUUUGCCAUUUGCAAAUCUCUAAACAUAAUUUUAUUAAUUUUCCAAUAUGAAUGUAGAGCGCGUAGUCUGAGAUUACUCUCGGAGGUGGUCUUUGUAUAAUUGUAAUAUUCCUACACGUCCGAUUCAUGCAGUGUUUAAUAAAACAUUUUCAUGCA